ACAUCUUAAGGCAAGAGAGCCCUCUCAACCUCUAUUUAUAUAAAGGCCUGACCAAUCCCAAAACAAGAAGCAUCGCUUAAACAAGAUCAAUAGCAAAUCAUCUUCCUUAAUCUCGAUCAUAAAAAAAAAAUGGCAGGAUUAAUAGACAAAGCAAAAAACUUUGUGGCGGAGAAGAUCGCAGAUAUGCCAAAACCAGAAGCAAACAUAGAAGAUUUUGAUCUGAAAGGAGUUAACAAAGAGGGUGUUACUUACAGCGCUAAAGUUGGUGUUAUGAACCCUUAUUCUCAAUCUAUUCCUAUUUGUGAGAUCACUUACCUCCUUAGAUGUGAUGGCAGGGAGAUACUAUCCGGUACCAUUGCAGACCCAGGAUCCAUUAGGGGAAAGGAGACUACAAUGCUUGACGUGCCAAUGAAGGUGCCACAUAGCAUCAUAGUGAGCUUGGCAAGGGAUAUCUUUAGGGACUGGGACAUUGAUUAUGAACUUCAGUUGGGUCUUGUUAUCGACCUCCCUAUCAUUGGAAACUUUACCAUUCCCCUUUCUUCCAAGGGAGAGAUCAAGCUUCCGUCCAUCAGAGACUUCUUUGGUGGAGGAGGAGGAGAAGAGGAGGAAAAGAAGGAAUAAACCUCAUGAUGUUUGAAAGAAAAAAAAAACAUACUGCCUUUUUUUAUGCCUCAUUUCAUAGUUUCAUGUUGGUUAUAUUUGGGAAACUCACUCUUGAGGUCUCCCUUGUACUAGUAUAUCUUACAGGAACAUUUCGUGUUAUCACCAGAAUUUUGCUUGUUUUGGUGCUAGAGUUCUUGUAAUUAUAAACGCAUUGGUUCUUUUACGUGCUAUAUGUUAUCAACAUUUCAGUGGGCUAUCCGCCUAUCCCUAUA